UAAACAUAGAAAAUGGUGCUAAACGCAUUCCUUCGCAUCCGUCUCAUCCGCGCCAAAAAAGACGGCAAACCUCACUAUCAACCAUUAUAUUCAGACGUGAAAAAAGAAGAAAAAGAAAAAUCACGCAGACAACAGCGCAGACUUCUCACCCCCUCAGAACUGCCCCCCUGGUACGACUCAAACCCGUACAUCCUAACAGGAUACCGGCCUGUAAGUCAGUCUUUCUGGACCUCCCUGAAAAGCUGGACGUAUCUGCACAAUGAAUCGUGCAAUAUCUACACCCACCUCGUUCCGGGCGUGCUGUUCCUCCUUGCCCAGGGCACACUGUACCGAUAUAUCGUCGAGAACUGGAACUGGAACUGGAACCGAACCCAAACCCUAAAUGGAAAUGCUAUCGGUACCAGUACCAGUAUCCAGCUCACCGGACUCGACUGGGGUAUUCUCUCGCUGCAGCUGUUCACAGCGUCGACCUGUUUGCUCGUCUCGGCGUUCUAUCACACGCUCUCGAACCAUUCCGAGCACGCGGCGCAUCGGUGGUUGCAAUUCGACUAUGUUGGCAUUCUGACGCUCAUCCUGGGGAAUUUUAUCAGUGGCUUGCAUUUUGGGUUUUAUUGUGAGCCUGCCUUAAAGUAUUUCUAUUGGGGUCUUAUACUCACAUUGAGCCUCCUCACGGCUAUUACCCUCUUAAGCCCCAAAUUCAGAGGCCCCCAGUUCCGCUCACUGCGUCUGGCGGCCUUCAUCGGGACGGGUCUUUCGGCCAUCGCUCCCAUCGGCCAUGUCUGGCUCGCAUGGGGAUCAAACAGGUUGGAGAAGAUGGAGACGAAUUCCUGA